AUGGCCGCCAAAUCCUCCUCGAUAGUGACGAAAGUCACCACAUUCUUCUGGGGAGACACUUCCCUGGAGGAGAGACGACUGAUUCGUAAACUUGAUUUCUUCAUUCUGACAUACUCCUGCCUGAGCUACUUCUUCAAUUACCUUGACCGGGCGGCAUUCGCCAACGCAUAUGUCGCUGGCCUGAAGGAGGCCCUCAACCUGGAUGGCAAUAAAUAUAAUGUUCUUCUAUCUAUGGCCUCUGCGGGUAUGCUGGUUGGCCAAGUCCCCAACAGCAUUAUCAUCCACAAGAUCCCCCCGCGUAUUUGGCUCCCUUCGAUGGUCAUCCUCUGGGCUGGUCUCACUAUGGCCGGUGCGGGUUGCAAAACUUAUGGUCAGCUCUGCGCCGUUCGUUUCCUCAUGGGCUUGGCCGAGGCUAGCACCUACGCUGGCUGCAUCUACGUAAUGGGCUCCUGGUACAAACCAAACGAAAUCGCCAAGCGCACUGCCAUGUUCACUGUGGCUGGGCAGGUGGGAAGCAUGUUCGCGGGCGUCAUGAUGGCUGCCAUCUACAAAUCCAUGGAAGGGCGCUCUGGCUUCGCAGGCUGGCAGUGGGUUUUCAUCAUCGAUGGCAUCAUCACCUGCCCCAUCGCUAUCUUCGGCUAUCUAUAUUUCCCCGACCUACCGGAGAGUACUCGUGCCCGAUAUCUAAGCGAGAGGGAGCGCAAACUUGCCCUCAGUCGUCUCCCUCCCAAGAAGGAGGAUGGCCACAGCAUUGCCCCCUGGAGUCUGACCAAGAGAGUUUUGGGACAGCCCGCUUUCUAUAUCUGCUGUGGUUUCUCACUUCUUUCAGCUGCUUUGCAGGCAUACUCCGUCCAGGGAUUGAUGCUACUCUAUCUCAAGAACCGGAAAGAUAUCGACGGAUACACUCAGGAACAGGUCAACACCAUGCCUCUUGGAAUCCAAGCCAUUGGAAUUGUGGCUGAAUUCGCCGCAGCCGCCGCCAUCGAUCGUUUUAAUCUACGCCUCUCGACCGGCUUCGCACUCUUGGUUAUUCAACUGAUUUGCACUAUCGUUCUCUUGGUUCCCCAGAUGACCGUUGCUGGUAACCUUAGUGCACUAUACAUUGCCGCAACUGCCUAUGGUAUCAACCCAUUGUUAUAUGGGUGGCCCAGCGUUAUCACGGCCAGAGGUGGUGACGACGCGGCUCGAAGUGUCAUUAUUGCCUCCAUGGUUGCCAGUGGCAUGCUGCUCUACACCUUCUGGGGUAUCGUGGUCUACCCAGCCAACCAUGCACCAUACUGGAGAAACGGUUAUAUUGCCAUGAUUGUAGUCAUUGCUUGUCUGAGCGGUUGGAUCUUUCUUCUUCGUUGGCUCGAUGACUAUACCGCUAAGAAAUAUCCUGCCGAUGUAGAUAGGGCCAGUAACAGUGUCGAGGAAGAGCUCAACUAUUCAUCAGCAGAGAAGGGGCCUGUUGAGCAGACGCGUACACUCUAA